AUGUCCAACUUCUCUUCUUUUGUUGUUUCUAUGCCAUCUGCACCGUACUCUACCUUCUCAGCCCCUCCUAGUAAACCGACAAAUUCGCUUGCAAUAACUCAGGUUCCCAAGGAAUUUUUCCAUCCUGUGGUUCUUGGUGUCCUUCGUGAACAUUUUGACUUGUAUGGGGAAAUCAAUCAAUGGGUUCCUUUGAGUGCUUUUGGUCGCAUAUUGGUUGUCUACACCGAAGAAGAAGCAGCGGAACACGCGAAAAGAUCCUGCGAUCCAAUCGUCCUUAGUGGAACCCAAGACAGGUCCGCAGCAACAUUACGCGUAUUCCGUGCUGACCCCAAUCCGAUCAUACCCCAUUCUGCUUUUGCGGAUGCAUCCUAUAUACCUGCCGCCAACUAUCUUCGCCCUCCUGCACUGGAGAAAAAUUUCCUCAUAUCCCCACCUGGAUCCCCUCCAGUAGGCUGGGAGCCUAUCAAAGAGGACCCGCCGAAUGCCGCACCUCUUGCGGGUGAUCUAAUGGCUGCGCUUCAGAAACUUCAGAUACAGGAACGCGAUCGCGAGGGUAAUCAAGGGCCUGAAAUCCUCCUCCAUCCUGAGGACGGGGGUUCCGGCGUUGGCGUCUAUGUCGAGGAUUGUGAUAACGGUGCUGCGCCAGUCGAUAUUGAAAUCGAAGACGAGGAUUGGGUAUACGGUCAAACUGCUCCCGCAAGGAGCAAGUGGAAGCCCGUAACGGCAAUGCCUCCCAUGCGGGCGGCGUUAAUGAUUUAG